AUAAUUUAUUAAUAUUUUAGUUAUAGAGAAUUGUUUGAUGUAAGUAGUGUCAUCGAAACUUCAAAAAUCACUAGUGUCGGAUGUUUAAUAUCUAUUCCGAUUGAUCGAUUCAGUUGUUUUCAAUCCAAAAUGUUUAAGAAUUUUAGGAAAGGAGGACAACGGAAGCAUUCUAAAGCUGACGCACCGGAUGCACCCGUGAAUGGAUCCGGUACACUCGGAUCGGGUCAGUUACCGAGUCCCCGUGACCCGCUACCAAGCCUCCCUCCGAUGACGAAGGUGGAACCCCUGCCGUUAUUCAAAGACGUCUCCAAAUCAGAGAGGCAGACUCUGUUCUUACGAAAAUUACAGAUUUGUUGCUUCCAAUUCGAUUUCACGGACUCCUUGAAAUCGGUACGACAGAAGGAGAUCAAGCGGCAAACAUUAAUUGAACUCGUCGAUUUCAUCCAGUCCGGAACGGGCAAGAUCGCCGAUGUGUGUCUCGGAGAGAUGAUCAAGAUGGUAAGAGUCAACAUUUUCCGAUCCCUUCCGCCGGGGUAUCACGAGACAACGGGACCGGAAGGCGGCGAUCCCGAAGACGAGGAAAACUAUUCGGAACCCGCAUGGCAGCAUUUACAGAUCGUUUACGAGCUCCUCUUGAGGUACAUCGUCUCCUCCGAUACAGAAACCAGGUCCGCCAGGCGAUACAUUGAUCACACCUUCGUCUUAAAGCUGCUCGAUCUGUUUGAUUCUGAAGAUUCAAGGGAAAGAGAGUAUAUAAAAAUGGUUCUCCAUCGGAUUUACGGUAAAUUCGUGGUGCAUCGCCCGUGUAUCAGGAAAGGCAUAAACAACAUAUUCUAUAGGUUCAUAUACGAAACCGAGAGGCACUGCGGCGUCGGCGAGCUUCUCGAGAUCCUCGGAAGUAUCAUCAAUGGCUUCACGGUGCCGAUCAAAGAAGAAUACAAGCUAUUCCUUACGAAAACAUUGAUCCCUUUGCAUAAGCUGAAACAGCUCUCGCUUUAUCAUCAGCGGUUAUCUUAUUGCAUCGUCCAAUUUGUUGAUAAGGAUUAUAAGUUGGCUGAUGUAGUUGUUAGAGGGUUGUUGAAGUAUUGGCCAUUGGUUAAUUGUCAGAAGGAGGUUCUCUUCCUAGGCGAACUCGAGGAAGUUCUCGAAGCCAUGCAGUUCGCCGAGUUCCAGCGAUGCACGGUUCCUCUCUUCCGACGGGUUGCUCGGUGUGUUAAUAGCCCCAAUUUUCAGGUGGCGGAACGAGCCCUUUUUUUCUGGAACAGCGAGCACAUCGUGGGCUUAAUCUCGCAGAACCGGAAGGCGGUGUUGCCGAUCAUGUUGGAGGCGUUGGAGAAGAACAUCAGAGGUCAUUGGAAUCCAGAGGUUCACGGGUUGACGGUCAAUGUGCGCAAGAUGUUCAUGGAAAUGGACCCCGUGUUAGUCGACGAGUGCGAGAGACAGCUCGAAGAGAAAGCGGCCAGAGCAGACGAGAUGGAAGAGCAACGGGAAAUGGCAUGGAAGAAGCUGGAAGAAGAGGCAGCUAAGAAAGGUGGAGGAGGCUAAACGAGUUCUGCUAUUCCCUUCUCAGUUUUGAUGGUAUGCUA